UGUCCUUCGCUCAGUGAUCGGCCGACCGUCGCCCUGGAGAGACACAACAACAAAAGUGCGAGCGUUCGUGCGCGUGCGUGAGGAACGUGUUCUUUUUUGUUGUUUGUGUAUGUGUUAGCGCGCGGACCCCGUGGAUUAUCUCAAGCACAAGGUUUUUUCCCCGUGACAUGUCCGUCAGACGGUGGUGGGGCGCCGGGUUGCGACCAACGCCGCAUUGACAUCCGCCAGCAGCCGCUUUUGAUUUCGUUCGAGCGAACGCCGAUCUCUCUCUCUCUCUUUCUAUUUCAUGGAUAUUCUCCGUAGACUGUAGAGCCAAUUGUUUUUCCUCCUUUCGGGUGUUUAUUUAUUUAUUAUUCGAACGCUCGGUGACAUGUGAUCUUUCGAAACCAUAAAUUUACGUGUUGGAUAGCAUUAAAGAACGCGGUGUAGAUUGGUGUUGGAUUAUUCCGGAUCCGUGUGGGAACGGCUAAAAGACUGCUCCCGCUACGAAUUUCUCGAGCGGUUCGAACAGGAAAAUAUUCAAGUACAAAGAACGAAAGAACAAAAGGUGGAAAGAGCACCCGAUGACAAAGACGCCGAUGGUUUUACUGGAAAUCUCACGCAGGUGAAUCCCGAUCGCCAUUUAUAUGUAUCUCAACGUCAAUUUGGCUUCCAAUGCUUCCGGCGGAGGUGGUGGAACUGACUCAUCAUCAACUGCAGCCGGUUCUUGCACAACGCCACGUACUCCGGAGAUUCUCAAUUUGCUUGCCGGAGCUCCGUUCGACAAUGUUCCAUCUUACGGAAGCGGAGGAGGACGCUACGGAUCUGGCAUUAACGUUGGCAAUGCUUCUGGCUCUUCGUCUUUCACGUAUUUUCAGUCUUCCACCUCCACAUUGGGAAGUGCAGGAGUCUCGGCUGGCCUUCCAGCUUCGACCCCGGGCGACGGCCCAUCAUCACCGGGGGAGCACGCCUCCUCUUCUUUCUCUUCUUUUUCAUCAUUGUGUUCAUCACCGGCUACCCCUUCUACUCCGCCAGCCGGUGGUCCACCAUCUAUCCAGAACACACGAACGUACUUAAUAAAGGAAGGACUAAAACUAACGAUCCAGAGCAAGCGAUUGGCUUCCGGUCGAGGCUCUCUCGAGUCCGAUCAGCACGGCCAUUUGCCACUGAAAGAUGAGAUGGGACAGCUGACAACUGAAGAUGAAGAACGCCGUCGGAGAAGGCGUGAGCGGAACAAAGUAGCCGCUACCAAAUGCCGUAACCGCAAAAAAGAACGGACGGGCAUCUUGAUGCAAGAAUCGGACGCACUUGAGGAUCAAAAUGUUAACUUUCGUUCAGAAAUUCAAAGGCUGGAGGCGGAAAAGCGCCGGUUGAUGGAUGUGCUGGCUAUGCACUCGCCCACUUGCUUAAAAACAACCGGCGGAAACCAGCGCCCAAAUGCAAGCGGUUGUUCCACCUCUGACUUUAUACAACACAGUUCCAACAACACCAGUGGCGCCCAGGUAGGAACGCGAGGUGCUGAAUCAGUUAUUUCGUUCGAUAACCAGGUUACUGUUCCUACGGAUCAGGCUUACGUUAUGUCAGGUGGCCUAUCCUCUUCCAAUUAUGGGCCGAUGUACGACUGUAACAGAUCGAGUUCAGAAAGUGCUACCAUGGCCGCCAACAUUCCUCAUCACCACCACAAUUCGUCAACCUACGAUGUUUCUUCCGAAGCAUCUGCCAAUUACAGCAACAACAACAACAACAACAACAAUGGUGGCGGCGAAGUUGCUUCCUCGUACAAUAGUCAAGUUAAUAUGCUUCAACAACGGGGUCCUUACAGCGGUGGAGAUAAUAAUAUGCCCGGGCAGAGUUAUCGUUGAAUGAUACGAAAGGUGCAAAAUACCUAGUACUACGUGCCAUCCUUUUGUAUACUGUCCGUUAACGAUAUGUGCUGUUUUGCUUCUCAUGUCAAUCAACAAAAAAGUUGGGACCAACUAAAUCAUUUCAUGACGUGUAUUUAUCCAGUAAGAGUUGGGUUAUUGUUUUCAAAAUUGUUGAAAUAUUUUUAAUUUUUUUUUUUUUAUCUCCCUGUGUAAAGAAUAAAGGUUGAAUACGGAUUUUUCUUGAAAGAUAAGAAGAAAAAAAAAGAAAAAGGGAAGUCGUUAAAAAAGUUGUGGUCGACUUCUUCUAUUUUCUUUAUUAAAGAAAAUUAGAGGGAAAUGGACAAGUAAAUUUAUUCUCCUAUUCUACGCCUGUGCCUUAUCCAAGAAUUCACAUAUCUCGUGUGCGUUUCUUGUGACUGUUUCUAAUGAUGACGUUGUUAACCAAUUUAAACUAUGGCUUCAUGGUCGUGCCCAGUGUAACCUUUUAAAAAGGUAUUUUCCUCCGUUGUUUGUGUUGCCUUGGGAAUGUUAAAUAUGUGCUCUUCUCUGAAAUUACCUACUACAACGGCCAUACGUUUUCCCUGUGUGCAAUAAUAAAUUGCUUGAGUUUUU